AAACACCGCGUUUUUGAAAGCCAUUUUUCGGUUCCCUCCCUUCAUUUCCGGUGUGAGGGGGAGAGAAGAGAGAGGGGCGCCUUCUUCUUCUUCACGUUUGCAGUGUCCUCUGCAGAACCCUAGAGCUCUCCCCAAUGGCUUCCGAUGGUAACACUCAGUUUCAGCAAGCACAGCUUGCGCUAAUUCUUGGACCUGACCCGGUCCACUUCGAAACCCUAGUAUCCCACCUUAUGUCCUCCACCAACGACCAGCGCUCUCAGGCCGAGUCCCUCUUCAACCUCUGCAAGCAGCACCACCCGGACGCCCUCUCUCUUAAGCUCGUCCAUCUUCUCCACUCUUCCCCACACCAGGAGGCGCGGGCCAUGUCGGCGAUUCUCCUCCGUAAGCAGCUUACUCGUGACGAUUCUUACAUAUGGCCCCGCCUCUCCCCCUCGACGCAAGCGUCGAUCAAAUCUACGCUUCUGGACUGUGUCCAUCGCGAGGGAACGAAAACUAUAUCGAAGAAGCUCUGUGACACCGUUUCUGAGCUCGCCUCCGGUAUUCUCCCGGAUGGAGGGUGGCCCGAGCUGUUGCCGUUUAUGUUCCAGUGCGUGACGUCGGAUGAUCCGAAGCUUCGAGAGUCGGCUCUUUUGAUAUUCGCUCAGUUGGCGCAGUAUAUAGGGGAAACCCUAAUUCCGCACUUGACUACUCUGCACUCAGUGUUCUUGCAGUGUUUGUGUUCGUCGACUAGCGCGGAUGUUCGGAUCGCGGCGCUUGGGGCGGCGAUCAAUUUUAUUCAGUGUUUGUCCAGCGCCUCCGAUCGGGACAGGUUUCAAGAUCUCUUGCCGCCGAUGAUGCAGACGUUGACGGAGGCGUUGAAUUGUGGUCAGGAGGCGACAGCGCAGGAGGCGCUGGAGUUGAUGAUCGAGUUGGCGGGAACGGAGCCCAGGUUUCUGCGGCGGCAGCUGGCGGAAAUUGUGGCCUCAAUGCUGCAGAUUGCAGAGGCGGAGUCAUUGGAGGAAGGGACGAGACACCUCGCUGUUGAAUUUGUGAUCACCCUUGCCGAAGCAAGGGAGCGAGCUCCGGGGAUGAUGAGGAAGCUGCCUCAGUUUAUAAGGAGGUUGUUUGAGGUUUUAAUGAAGAUGCUGUUGCAUAUUGAGGACGAACCUGCGUGGCAUGGAGCAGAGACGGAAGAUGAGGAUGCUGGGGAGACUAGCAAUUACAGCGUCGGUCAGGAGUGCUUGGAUAGGCUUGCCAUUGCUCUGGGUGGGAAUACGAUUGUUCCAGUCGCAUCGGAGGUGCUGCCCGCAUACUUGGCUGCUCCUGAAUGGGAAAAGCACCAUGCAGCUCUUAUUGCUCUGGCUCAAAUAGCAGAGGGAUGCUCAAAAGUAAUGGUAAAAAAUUUAGAGCAGAUUGUGUCAAUGGUUUUGAAUUCGUUCCAAGAUCCGCACCCCCGCGUACGGUGGGCAGCUAUUAAUGCAAUCGGACAAUUGUCUACUGACCUAGGCCCUGAUUUGCAAGUUCAAUACCAUCACCUAGUACUCCCUGCGUUAGCUGGAGCUAUGGAUGACUUCCAGAACCCCCGGGUGCAGGCCCAUGCUGCUUCAGCAGUGCUCAAUUUUAGUGAAAAUUGCACCCCAGAUAUCUUAACACCAUACUUAGAUGGGAUUGUCAGAAAACUGCUUGUCCUUCUUCAGAAUGGGAAGCAAUUGGUUCAAGAGGGGGCUUUGACAGCGUUAGCAUCAGUUGCAGAUUCAUCACAGGAACAUUUUCAGAAGUACUAUGACGCUGUAAUGCCUUACCUGAAAGCAAUUUUGGUCAAUGCAAAUGAUAAGUCCAAUCGCAUGCUUCGUGCUAAAUCAAUGGAGUGCAUUAGUUUGGUUGGAAUGGCUGUUGGAAAGGAGAAAUUUAGGGAUGAUGCCAAACAGGUUAUGGAAGUUCUUAUGUCAUUGCAAGGCUCCCAAAUGGAGACAGAUGAUCCAACAACAAGCUACAUGUUACAAGCAUGGGCUAGACUUUGCAAGUGCCUUGGGCAGGAUUUCCUCCCUUACAUGAGUGUUGUGAUGCCCCCUUUGCUUCAAUCUGCUCAACUUAAGCCUGAUGUAACCAUUACUUCUGCAGAUUCUGAUGCUGAUAUUGAUGAUGAUGAUGAAAGCAUUGAGACUAUUACUCUUGGGGAUAAAAGAAUAGGGAUCAAGACUAGCAUCCUGGAGGAAAAAGCUACAGCUUGUAAUAUGCUGUGUUGCUAUGCUGAUGAGUUGAAGGAAGGGUUUUUUCCAUGGAUAGAUCAGGUUGCUCCUACAUUAGUUCCACUCCUUAAAUUUUAUUUUCAUGAGGAAGUAAGGAAGGCUGCUGUUUCAGCCAUGCCGGAGCUGUUGCGAUCAGCAAAAUUAGCUGCAGAAAAGGGGCAAUCUCAAGGUUGCAAUGAGUCCUAUAUUAAGCAAUUGUCUGAUUACAUAGUACCGGCUUUGGUGGAAGCUUUACACAAGGAGCCUGAGACAGAAAUUUGUGCAAGCAUGUUGGAUGCAUUGAAUGAAUGUGUUCAGAUUUCUGGACCACUUCUUGAUGAAACCCAAGUAAAAUGCAUCGUGGAUGAGAUAAAGCUGGUAAUUACAGCCAGCUCAUCAAGACAAAGAGAGAGAGCAGAGAGGGCCAAAGCAGAAGAUUUUGAUGCUGAAGAAGGUGAACUACUGAAGGAAGAAAAUGAGGAGGAAGAAGAACUCUUUGAUCAAGUUGGUGAUUGCUUGGGCACUUUGAUCAAAACAUUCAAAGCUUCUUUCUUGCCUUUCUUUGAUGAGCUUUCAGCUUAUAUUACACCAAUGUGGGGUAAGGAUAAGACAGCCGAAGAGCGGAGGAUUGCCAUUUGUAUAUUUGAUGAUGUUGCUGAGCAAUGUCGAGAAGCUGCUCUUAAGUAUUAUGAUACUUAUCUUCCUUUUCUAUUAGAAGCCUGCAAUGAUGAAAAUCCAGAUGUUCGUCAGGCUGCUGUUUAUGGGAUAGGUAUUUGUGCAGAGUUUGGCGGAUCUGUUUUUAAACCUCUUGUUGGAGAGGUUCUCUCUCGGCUGGAUGUUGUGAUUAGGGAUCCUAAUGCCCGGCAUUCAGAUAAUGUGAUGGCAUUUGACAAUGCUGUUUCUGCUCUUGGAAAAAUAUCCCAGUUUCAUCGUGAAUGUAUAGAUGCAGCACAGGUUGUUCCUGUCUGGUUGAGCUGCUUGCCAAUAAAAAAUGAUUUGAUUGAGGCAAAAGUUGUGCAUGACCAGCUUUGCUCGAUGGUAGAAAGGUCAGAUAGAGAGGUUUUAGGGCCCAAUAAUCAAUUUCUUCCCAAAAUAGUUUCAGUUUUUGCAGAGGUUUUAUGUGGAGGAAAAGACCUUGCAACAGAACAAACUGCCAGUCGAAUGAUCAAUCUCCUGAGGCAACUUCAGCAGACAUUACCACCCUCUACCCUAGCAUCGACCUGGUCUUCCUUGCAGCCUCAACAGCAGCUUGCCUUGCAAUCCAUCCUCUCAUCUUAGUUUGCUUCUGCAUUUCCAUUGGGGGGCAUUUCCAUUUUUACCCCAGUAGGCUGCUGUGGUCAUUUGUCUAUUCUGUGUUCUAUUACCCCAUUUUUUUUCAUUAUGUAUUCCAUAUUUUCCAAUGGCAUGGUUUUUGUACGGGUGGUGCAUUUUGCGAGGGUGAAAGUGAACAAUAGAGCAAAGUUUUGUGUAACAUGUAUAUAUUAUCAAGUGUUAUUUCAUUUUCCGUAUUUGAAAUUGGUCUGAAAAGAGAGAGAAGAGAUGGGGAGAUUGGCUAUUUGUGGCCUCCUCUUAGCCAUUGGUGUAUUAUGCAAGGUUGAGGCUUGUCAAGAGCUGCAAGCAGUUUUGGUUCUCUAUUUUAUUUAUUUUUUGUUUGGUUUGAACCUUUUGAAAGUGAAAAACAAUGACAAUGGUUUUACUGUAGG